GCGGGAAAGCGCCUCCAGGCCCCGCCCCUUCCGGCGCAGCCCCGCAGCGCCGCGCGGCCGUUAGAGCUGAGGGCGGCUGUUGGCGGCGGGCUGCGCCAUGGGCAGCGCUGAGGGCACAGAUUGGGUCGAAGUUGCCAAUGAUCUUUUAAGGAGCUGUCACGUCAACCAGCACGUAAAGCGUCUCUCAGAGUGCGGAGCUGAUGUAUUUGUUUGCCUUUAUGAAUCGAUCUUAGGAGAAAAGGUACCAGAUUUCAUAGCUACUCCUAGAAGCCAAGAGGACGAUGCACAUAAUGUACAAGCUGUAAUAGAUUCUCUGGCAUUGGACUACCUGCAGGUCAGCUUGUCACACAUCACUGGUGAGAACAUUGUGAAAGGAGAAAAGGAAUCUAUCAGAAACCUCCUUGAAAUAUUUGAUGGUUUGUUGGAAUAUCUUACAGAAGAAGCCAGUGAAUCCUCUUCUCAAAAUGGAGAUGAGACUGUACUGCCCAAUAGCAACAUUCAAAUUGUAUCUCCAGAUCAGCUGGAAAGCAAUGCUGGUCAACUUAUACCACCUUUGAAACUUUCAUCAGUUGACAGGUCCCAGUCAGAAUGCUUUGUCCCACUGUGUGAUGUAGAUGGUUCGGAAUCUACCAGUGAAUUAAUUCGACUUGGAGAUACUGCUCAUUUGUUCUCAGAGAGAGGGGAAGGAUCCUUGGAGUCCAUUCACAGCACUGAACUGCCAAAAGAGCAUUUCAGUUCCAGUGCUCAAGGACUCAGGGAGCCAAUAUGCCAGGCUGUUCCUUUGCUGCCGCCAUUUCAGCCUGCUGAAGCCAGGUCCUGUGAUCCUGUACAGAGAGAUCACCAGAGCUUGAACAGCCAGUCAGCAGCUUUGGUUAACAGUCAAGAACUGGAAUCUCCUACUCUUGAAAUGUCACUUACACAAAAAUCUGAAGAUGUUUCUGGGGCUCUUCUGUCAAGAAAGAUCCCUGCAGCAGACAAGAUGGUCUCGAAUUAUGCUGAGGACAGUGUGAAGGUUCCUUGGGUAUAUGAGACUUCGACAUCUGCUUCACACUUAGAUCAAAAAUUCUCCUUACACACUGAACAAAUAACACAACAUCCAAGCCCUGAAUCAAGACAUCUACCUAGAAAGAAGAGAUAUGAAAAUUCUACCAUAGAUUCACUUGAAGAUCCUCUUUCCCACAGAACAACAAAGGAAAACCUGUCUAAGCAAGAGCUGCAUCAAGUAUCACAAAAACUUUCUCGCAGGUUAAAUGAACUAGAUUCAAUGUUAAAGAGAGCUUUGGGUGGACGUACCAGGGAAGAGGUGACAGAUGAAGACAACCUGUCUCAGCACAGUGACAGUGUCAUGGAUUACCGCCGAAGGAAAGCUGAGCGAGACAUACCACACCUGAAGUACCCAAACAGGACACGAUCCCUUUCUCCAUUAUCACCCUCAUCUCAGCAUCAACUUUUUUUUGAGUCAGAAAACAUACCUUGCAGUAAUGGAAAAGGCCAAAUGAAAAAAAUACGCAACAAGUUGCAAAAAGAAAAGGAUGAAAGAAAACAAGAAGCAAAGAUGGUUGCUAAAGCUUAUGAAAAUGAACUAAGAAUUUAUGAAGCUCGGGAGAGGCUUAGACUUUCCAAACUCAGAGAAGAGGUCAAGGAACUGGAACAAGAAUACAAGGAAAACAUCUUUAAAGAAUCUCCAAAAAUCCCUCAGCCAGUGAGAGUUUAUUCUAGAAAAACCACACCUUGGAAUCCCAGAUACAGCCAGUGGAUUCCAAAACGAGGGACUGUGAAGCCAAAGAAAGCAGCUCCAAUGAAAGUCAGGGAUGAUGACCUCCUGGUUAAGCUACUGGAAGAGUUUCCCCACCUGCAUAUUUCCCAGCACACUAUGAACAAAAUGUGGCGGCAGCAGCUCGCACAGACUGAACAGCUUAAAGCAGCUUCUGGCAGGGCUAGACUCAAACUCCAAAAUGAAGUUCAACAAGCCCUGAAGAAGCAUGAGCUUCUUGUUGCAAUUAUUAAAAAAGAUCGAGACCAUAACAAGAGACUGCAAGAAUUAAAGCAACGUAUCUACCGCCAGAAAUGGACUCAGAGUAAGGUGAGAGAGAAACGCCAGCAAGUUGUUAGAGCCAGGAAAUACUAUGAAGAUUACCGUGUCCAGCUGCGUGCCAAGAUGAUGCGGGCUAGGACAAGGGAAGAAAGGAUAUUUAAAAACUUAUUUGAAGAAGGCUUAGAAAUUCAGAAGCAAAGACUGAAGGACCUGAGAGCAUAUGCUCAAGAGAGGCGUGCUGAGCAAAGAAGAGAGCAUCAAAAUGAGCUGGAGUCCAUGGAGAACUACUACAGAGAUCAGCUGAAUGAGUAUGCUUGAUUGUGUGCAGUACUUUGAGGAUACAGCUAAGUACUUUUCAGGUGUUUCCCAAAAAAGGUGUUAAUAAGAGUCAAAUUCCUGGAGAGCUUGGACAAACUGACAGCCACGCAGAGGCAAAACAGAAAUGUUUGUUUGCUUUUUUGUUUCCAUUUUCAGUAGAGUUCCCCAGUGUCAAACAAGUGCUUGGGAAUAAAAAAAAAAAAAUCCAGAAUCUCAUUCAGUUUCCUCCUCUUUCUAAAACUGUGAUAUGAAUACAUAAUCUCUGCACUAAGGCAGAAAAAAUAUUUAUUUUUGUUUUUUUUCUUUUUUGUUUUUGUGGUAAAAAAUCCAAUUUAAAUUCUUUGGGUCUUUUACUUGGAGAACAUCUGAACUACUCUUACCUUAAAGCAGAAGCUGAAUUAUUUCUUUUUCUCUGAGCGGAGUAGCUGGGCACUUCUAUACCCUUGCCUACCUGAAUUGGGUAUUGAAUGCAAUCUGAUAUUCUUAAAAAACAAGUACUCCAUCACUGAAAGUAGUACUAAGCAAAAAGAAAAGGAAAGAAAGUGUCUCUCACCAUUGGAAAAGAAUUCCACAGGCCAGCCUUUCCAUGGGAAGGCACUUGCUUCUUCCCUCCCUCCUGGCCCCCACUCUUGGCACCAUGAUAGCCACGUUCCUGUCUAUAUGCUGCCAGAGGGAUUUGUUUGUUUUGCUUUUUGGUUUGUUUUGCUUUUUGGUUUGUUCUGCAGUGUUGUUUGUUUCUUUUUCUUCUUUUCAGUUUCGUUUUAAAUACAAGAACAAUCAAACCAUCUUUGCUACGUAACAGAGCAGGCUGGCAGUGUGUUACAGAAUGUCACUAUUAUGCCUCCAGUACUACUUAACAGCAAUACAAAAUCCAGUACACCUCAAGAGUCACUUUCUUUCCUCUAUCAUAUUCAACACGUGCUGGAGACUUCAG